AUGUUCAAAGCCCUUUUGGGCGGGGGUCGCUCGUCUUCUGAUGUCCGCAGCUCCUCAAGCUCCAAGAGCAGCAGCCUUCGCAGAACCGACUCGAAAUCUUCCACAGUAAGCCGCAAGUCCUCACGGGGUGACGACCGUGAUCGUGGCUUGGGUGAUCUGUCCAACUACCGAUCCUCCAGCAGUCGGAGUAAGCGCUAUGCUCCAAGUGUGGCAGGCGAGUCGGUAGCCUCGAGCUAUGCGACAGCAGACCAGGGCACCCCCAUCGAACCCGACCGGGUGAUGAUCGAACGCGCGCCCCGGCGUCAAGAUUCAAACGACACCACCGACCGUCGAGAUCGAUACCGAGACAACGGAGAUGGAGAAGGGAAAAGCUCCCGCAGGCGUGAGCGAGCGCGAUCGCCGAGUCGCGAGCGUGAGCGUGAUGGCGAUCGGCGUGAACGACAACGAACUCAGUCAGGCGAUAUGUAUGCAUCCCCAGUAACUACAGGCAUGCCUCCUUCUCCUGGAGACUUCGCCACCGCGAGUCCUCAUAUGUACCCUCCAGUUACUGAGGCAGUGCCAACCACUUCAAUGCCCAGCCCGCCGCAUGCAACCGCAUUCUACGAUCCUCAUGUAACACAGCAGUUUCCUGGCCAGUUCCCGGCAUACGUUGCUGAACCUUACCAACCGCCAAACCCUGCAGGAGAAGCAGCCGAUUACUACGGCGAUCAGGGGCAGUCCGUCCAAGACCAGCCUGGCGUCCGACCUAAACCUCCGUUGGUAGCCCCCAGCGACCAAGCGCAUCUGAUGACAGCAUCGCCCACCGCAAACCCGCCGCCAGAGCCAAGUAGCAUGGGCCAGGUCGGCGCUGCAGCGGCCUACUUUAUGGAUGACGCUGAGUUGGGAAUGGAACAGCCCGUUGAACCACCAUCUGCUCCUGCGCCGAAACCACCGAAGCCGUCAAGACCACCAAGACCCUCUGUACAGACGGCGGGAAUCUCAAGCCCACCUGCCGUCGCUACUGCAACGACAAUGUCAGGAGCUGAGGUUAUGGAUUCCCCAGGGCACACUAUCUCGGAAUCCCCUGGAACCUAUGUGCCGCCCACGGCAUCGAGCCCUCCGAAGCCUCCUCAUUCUCAUGGAGCGGGUGCUGCAGUUGGCGCAGCCGCCGCCGGUGCAGCGGCCGGUUAUAUGAUGAGCCACCAUCAUCAGUCCGCAAGCGUUGACCAUUCUUCUCAGUACACCAUGCAAAACUACGAAGAGGUACUCCCGGCCUACCCGGAGACUCCGGCGUUUCCCCCUCAGCAGAACAUGCCGCCUUUUGCUGCAGGACCUGCGGCAGCGGCGGCGGCGGCCGGGUACGCGGCGAGUCCGCUACAUCCCGAUCAUGCUGCAGUAUACCACGGUGCUCCUUUCCAAUCCGGAGGUUUGGCUUUUCAACAACGUCAACAAGGUCCCUUGGACAAAUUCAUCAACUUUUGGAAGGACCCAGAAGGUGUCGGCAUGUUCGAGGAUUAUACGGAAUCUAUCGGGGUCUGCAAAUACUGCUUUGAGCCAGGCACAACAUCCCAAGACGCACCUCGCAAGCACAACCACAAACCUCGCCGUCGCUCUGCUGACAGGUACAGUAAUGGAUCACGUGUUGAUAAAGCAAGCCGCUACUCCUCGUCAGAGGACGAAGGAAGGCGUCGCAACAGGUCGUCGAGGAACUCGUGGUUGCCCGGGCUACUUGGUGGAUAUGCGGUCAAAUCUAUCUUCAGUAGUAAGGAGUUCGACGAGUCUUACAGCAUUCGAACGGGUGAGGUGGCGAGCUCUCGGCAUUCAAUCCACGAAAGUGAAGGCGCCUCCACAGCCGGUCGACGAAGCCAGACCUCACGCGGAGUCUACAGACGGUCCCUUCGAAGCCGAUCGCGGGAACAUACCGACCACAGCUCCUAUCAUUCGGACUCGAAACUCAGCAGAUAUGAAGGAUCUCGACUUCGUUCUCGGUCUCGCUCCCGCUCUUCAUCUAGAAGUCAGCGACAUGCUGCCCUGAGGAAUGCGGCUCUGGGCGUGGCAGUUGGAACAGCGGCUGUGUCAGAAUACGAAUCCCGUCACAGAAGCAGGAGCCGCAGUACAUCUUCGAGGGGAAGGAAACCUAGAAAGACAUCUUCUUCUGAUGAAUCUUUUGUGGAUAUUUCAAGACCCGCUCGCAAGACUGUCGGUAGUGGCUUCAGUUCGUUUUUCACUGCAUCGUCAGAGAACCGCCGCAAGCGUCGGACAAAGAGGCGCAAGAGCAUCUUCUCUUUCAGCAAUAACAAUUCUUCGUCAUCAUCACUCGAUGCAGAUCUGGCCUUUGGGUCUGGAUACACGAAGCGCCAGUCAGGCAAGCCUAACAGGCGAAGCAAGAAGAAAGCGGAUACAGAUGUGGAUGCUGCCUUACUGGGUCUAGGCGCAGCCGCCACUGCACUGGCCGCCUCAUCCCAUCGCAAGAAUCGGCGCACUGGGGAGAUACUUGUCGGCAAAGAGUCCCGAUCCGGUCGGUCUGAUUACGAGUCGUCUGCUGCUAACGAUGAGGGCUGGGAAGAUCUUGACUCGGGUGACCAGUCCUCCUCAAGUGUUACUUCCGGCCUCGCGUUCGGCGAAAGUGGUCAUUUCCCCAGCACUGACUCUCACUCUUCUGAUUCCGGAACAUCGAGAUGGCCUUGGAAUUGGGGAAGCAAGAAGUCCAAGAAGAAGCAGAAGAAGAGAAGGUCUCGCUCCUCGGAGAACCGCUUCCCCACAGAGGCUGCGGUCGCAGCUGGUCUCGGAACGGCCGCAUUAGCAUCUGCAUACCACCGGGACUCCAAGGUAUCCAGUCACGAUGCUGCAAGUAGUACUGGAAGUCUUCAACACGUGGUUCCUGUCCCCACCAGUGACCCUUCACAUUUCGACACCAUCAAGGCCUCAUCUCAACCUCCUUCCCAGCCGACAUUGGUCAGGCCAGGACCUAUUCCCCUGCAGCAGCCACAGCCAGUGACUCCGGUUUCGCAGGCAGUAUACACUUCUCAAGGCGAAUCCAUCCCCUCCUAUAGCGUACCUGAUGUACACCCAACUCCUGCAAGCGCUUUCAUGCCUUACGAAACCCCAUCAAGAAGCGACAGAUGGAACCAGAGGACCGCAGACUAUACCGAGCGAAGUGAUAUCGCGAGAUUCAAUCGGGCCCACCGGCGUAGUGAUUCCUCCCCGGUCUUCCACGCAGAGCCCCUCGAGAAAAUGUCGUCGUCGAGCUUUAGACGUCGCUCGACGCUGAAAGACCAGGCCACAGUCCAAUUUGACUUAACCGAAGAACAGGCUAACAAGGAGCGGCGUACCAAUCGCCUGGAAAGUCUGCGACGGGAGGGGGAUGCCGGCGGAGGAGUGCAACUUGUCGACAGAGAGCAAGAGAUGGCGCUUCGGGAUGCUGAACGUCAGGCAAGCCAACAGAGAGAACGUGAAUAUGAAACGUCAAGAAUCGAGGAAGAAAACUCACGCAGAGAGAGAGAAUCCUCGUCCUUGAUGGGUGCCGCUGCUGUAGGAGCGAUAGGUGGUUUUGCUGCUUCCACGAUGAUUCCUAGAAGCAGUUCGAACGAUGAUUUCUCUGAGACCGCCAGCCAACGUCGGCACGAGGAGCGUCGUGAAAAGCGCCGAGCAGAGAGGCGCCGCGUUUCCGAAUCAGAGUCUAUCGCAUCAAGUCUACCAAUGUCGGAGAGUGGACGAACCAUGGCAGAGGAGCGCUCUCAGAUAGACCGCCUGCCGGAGGAUGUGAGGCCUCGGCAUUCUCGCCCACCUCGCACAAAGCCCGUCUACGAGGACUAUGCCCAAUUCUUUGCUCCUGAGGAGCUACGCUACAGCCCUGAUACCUACACACGCCGGGAGCCCACUUCGAUGCCAACUAUUAUCGAAGUAGAGCCUACGAACGAAUCUGCUAUUGUAACGGAGGAACCGCACCCUGACUACAAUGGUUUGCCGUGGCCUGUGCCGGGUCUGACGCUUACUGAGCCAACCCCUCCCCAUAGCCAGGUGGGCUCCGCCAGGGCGACACCAAUUGUAUUGGUCCCUGAACGGCACGAAGAAGAGAACAGGUUUGAACGACAAACAACCGGCUCACGGGUAUCAUGGGGCAAGCAUGAGACGCAUGAGUACGAAGUGCCCUCAACAUCCUCCGAGCAUGAAUCUGUCGACCAAGAUACUAGAGUUCUUGAGCACAUUGAGGAGGUUGAGCCUAUUACCGCAGACACUGCACGGGACAUGCCGCCAAGCUCCUCUUCCCAAUCUACAACUAAGGAGGCCCCAACCAUGGUAGGAGCAGAUAUCGAGUUUGCAGCUGCACUUGCUGCUGCAACUGCAGCUGCUGGCUUUGACCCUUCGCUUGUAACGGAUGAUCCCACAUUCCAUACUAGGCGCUCUCCUCCUACCUCGGAGCCGAAGGUGCAGUUUGUGUCACCCUGGGAAGAAGCGUCCGUGUCACGUUCCGUGCCCCAUGGAUUUGUGGAAGGCGAAGUCGAGACGCCGGACGAUGACGAGAACAUCCAAAUGGCACCGGAGUACCGCAUCGAGGAUGGGCCCCUCUUUUCGGAGCCUAAAUCUCGUACUGGUGAAGAGCUCGCAAACGAGCCCCGGCAAUCCAUUGCCCAAGAAGUUAUCGAGCACCUCAGUCGCAGAAAAGAGCACAAUGCCAGCGAUAGCCCUGCCAUUCAGCCAAGCCGGGAGCCCGCCAAUAAGAGCGUUUCUGAAAUUCCCAAGGAGGUCCUUUCCAUGCCCGGUGGCUUCGAGCCUGAAGAGUCACUAGAAAGGCAGGAAAAACCGAGCGAUCCAACCUCCACGCAAGAGCGCGACUCUCCUUACUUCGUGUCAGCGCCUGGAACCAAAGAGGAUGGCCCAUCGACAUUGCGAGACACUGCAGAGCAGAGCAGCGGUGACAUCGAGCCAAUCGACGAUGACAUCGAUCCAUCCACAGUCGGGGCUGAUGAGGGCGAAGGGAAGAAGAAGAGACGGAAGAGGCGUUCCAAGCGCAGUAGUAGUGAUAACUUUGAAGACGCGGUUUCCAUCACCUCUUCGCCCGCCAGGCUGGAAGAAAAGACGAAGGACACCAAACCCGGCAGUUUCUUGAGCAAUCUUUUUGGGUCAAGAGUUUCAGUACCGGUAGAAGACAAGGGAAAAUCCUCUGCUGAUAAACUUUUCUCUCGUGAAGUCCAAUCGGAGAUCGGGUCUGGACGUAGAGAGAGAUCUUCACGGCGUCGCAGCUCCAGUCGAGGAGACGGGCUGGAUGACGAGUCCCGCAAGCAGCAUGACGAGGAGAAUAUUAACGUUGAACAUUAUAAGUCUAGCAGGCAACGAAGGGAAGAGAGACGUCGACAAAGAUACGAAGACAUGAUGGAAUCUGGUAAAUCGUCGGAGUUUGAGAAGGUAUAG